CCGGGGAACUUCGCUUCAGAUGCGGGAGAUCGCUGCACUCAAAGCGGGCGUGUGAUCUGCCGACGACCGGCAUCCGGAUUCUGCCUCGGGACGCUCGUGAAAUUCUUUUGCAUGGGGAAACUUUAGCAGACUUUGACUUCCAGUUCCAGUGGAUGUGUUGACAAGUUGUGUGCGCUGUUGUAGUUUUUACGGUUCACUCGCACCGAUGUUAGCGGUCGGGCAGAUGGAUGGUAACCGGCAGAGUGCGUUCGUUCUGGGCAGCACUCCUCUGGCUGCGCUGCACAACAUGACCGAGAUGAAGACUUCUUUAUUCCCGUACGCCCUGCAGAACUCCGCGGGCUUUAAGGCUCAUUCUUUCAGCAACCUGAACUCUCAGAUCGCGCUGGGAACGCCGCAUGGAAUUAGCGAUAUUUUGGGGAGACCCAUCACCUCUGCGGGACAGCUGCUGUCGGGCUUCCCCCGGAUCAACGGACUGACUUCUGCGGGGAUGUACUUCAGCCCUGCGGCCGUGUCUCGGUACCCCAAGCCGCUGACGGAGCUGCCCGGGAGGGCGCCUAUGUUCUGGCCGGGAAUGAUGCAGGCUUCGCCCUGGAGAGACCCGCGGGUUUCCUGUCCGGCACAGGCAAAUAUGAUGCUGGAUAAAGAUGGAAAGAAGAAACACUCCAGACCAACUUUUUCCGGACAGCAGAUCUUCGCCCUGGAGAAAACCUUCGAGCAGACUAAAUAUCUGGCCGGUCCCGAGCGAGCUCGCCUCGCGUAUUCUCUGGGAAUGACCGAGAGCCAAGUCAAGGUUUGGUUUCAGAACAGAAGAACCAAAUGGCGCAAGAGACACGCGGCAGAGAUGGCCACAGCGAAGAAGAAGCACGACUCCGAGACAGAGAAGAUGAAGGAGAGCUCAGAUGAUGAUGAUGAUGAAUAUAACAAACCUCUGGACCCGAACUCCGACGAGGAGAAAAUCACGAGACUGUUGAAGAAGCACAAGACGAGUAACCUGUCCCUCAUCAGCCCCUGCAGCAACAGCUCGGACACUUUGUGAUGAAACCGAGCUAAAGACUCUUCAUCAUCAUCAUCAGAAUCAAGCAGGGUAUAAACACUGUACAGUUAGAAGUGGACGUGAGAUGUGUAUUAUAUAUAUAUAUUUUUUACUGAGUAAAUUAUGUUAUUAAAGUAUCUCGAAGACAACUCAUCAUCAAGAUAAUUUUUGUCUUCGAUCUUAAAGUUCCCCUUCUUUAUUUUGGAAACGGGUGUAUAAUAAAGAAGGGCUGUAAAUGA